UAAAGCUAAACUUUCAUAAAAAGCAUAUUCUUUCCGAUUUGAACUUUCAACAACGCCGUUUUGUCAAUUAGUGUUCAAGCCGCGUCACAGUCGGUAAAAACAAAAGAAACCCGAAUUUCCCAUCAACGGUCAGAAAAAAAAUAAGAAGGUGAAAAUAUCUAUAAAGACGAAAAGGAAAAUACCCAUCUGGCCAUCACCCAAUCGAUCUGCCCGUUUUUCGCUUCGGAUUCUCAGGAAGGAAAACGAUUUCUUAGAGUCCAAAGCUUAACAACGGAGAGUCCUUUGAGGAUUUGAAGCUAAUAUUGAAUGGAGGGAAUUGGGGGGGACGGUGCAUCAGUUGCAUCUCCUUUGCCUCAAUGGGGCCACGAUGCUUGGAGGAUGUAUCGGUAUUAUCUGGAUAAGACUACUCCUCAUACAGCAUAUAGGUGGAUUGGAACCCUUGUUAUAGCAGCUAUCUACUGUUUGCGUGUCUAUUAUGUUCAAGGGUUUUACAUAGUUUCAUAUGGCCUUGGGAUCUACCUGCUGAAUUUGCUUAUUGGAUUUUUGUCUCCUCUGGUUGAUCCUGAACUUGAAGUUUCUGAUGGGCCUUUAUUGCCAACAAAAGGUUCAGAUGAAUUCAAGCCGUUUAUUCGUAGGCUACCUGAAUUUAAGUUCUGGUACUCCAUGACCAAGGCUUUCUGCAUAGCAUUUGCCAUGACUUUCUUUUCCGUAUUUGAUGUUCCUGUCUUUUGGCCUAUAUUGCUUUGUUAUUGGAUUGUCCUUUUUGCCCUUACAAUGAGGCGUCAGAUUGCACACAUGAUCAAAUACAAGUAUAUCCCAUUCAACAUUGGAAAGCAGAAGUACACCGGUAAGAAAGCUUCUGCAAGUAGCAGUGGCUCCCGUGGGGAUUGAAGCUUGGCUGGUUCACAGGGGAUGAUAAUUCUUGAUAAUUGGUUUUCACCUUUGGAGGAGAUGCAUUUUUAUUGUUAUGGAUUUUUUAAUUAGUUACUACAAGCAUAAGUUCAGUUGCCCCUGUGAAGAAGUGCUGACAUUCCAGAUUUGGAACUUUAUUAUUUAUACACGUGGUGAUGAAGAUUUGAUCAAAGUUUUUGAGAUUAUUGACAAGUAAUUUGUACAACAAAAUAUUGUUUCACUCCUGUGCUCUUCUAUGUUUCUAGUAGCUAAUUGUUAGCGACAAGACCAAAUUUCUUAUCAGGAGCCAUCACUGGCAUAUUGUAGGCAUGAGUUAUCUUUCAUUUUGUACUCGAUGGGUGCAAGUACAAAACUGCAGUUCUUCCUUGAUUGCAUUGCACACUAUUUGGAUCCUUAUUUUUUUUUUUUCUCAAACUGUUUUCCAAAUUCAUUGCAAAACUGAAAUUCUAUUUGAACGGAG